AUGGAGAUGGAAGAAGAGAAGGAUCUACCUCUGCUAUUGGGAACCCCAUUCCUUAGCACAGUUGGCGCUUCAAUAGACUUUCACAAGCAAGAAGUGAUUCUUCACAAGGUGAAUAGUUUGGUGUCUUAUCGCUUGCAGCCUAGAGGAUCAGACUUUUGUGCCACAAUUGAAAGCACUCCUCUCAGUUCCAAGACUCCUGAAGUUACAAAGGAAGCGCUCAAAAAGAAGGGGAGGAUGCAGCCUCAAAGGCACUUGUGGGAGAGAAAAGAAAGACCCACCAGCUCAGGUUUCCUCACCAAGCCAUCUCAGCUCACUAUGACCUUUGUUCCCCACCAAUUUGAAAAUGGGAAGAUUGAGUACAAGAUAAGGUACAAGGGGAGAUCAAGACCAUUCUCUAGAGCCAAGGCCUUGGUCACUUCAGAGCAAUCCAGGGACCCAACCAAGCUAAAGGAGCUUCUGUCUCAAGUCCUCACUAUCACCCUUGAUGGUGGGACUAGCUCAACCAAUGCCUAA